UUUGUUUACUUUGUUAAAAUCGCAAAAACUAAACAUAACAUUAUUUUCCAAAAGAAAGGUUUCUUAUAUUGUUUAAUUUCACUUAAUUCAAGUAACCGCUAGUGCACAGUGCUAUGUCGGAUCCCCACGAUGAACUCUGUCCACCAAAUAACCCAGAAGAUGAUGAGCUAACACUGCCAAGAGCCAGCAUCAACAAAAUAAUCAAGGAACUGGUUCCUUCUAUACGGGUGGCCAACGAGAGCCGAGAACUGAUUCUCAACUGUUGCACGGAAUUCAUUCACCUGAUUAGUUCCGAGGCGAACGAAGUUUGCAACAUGCGGAACAAGAAAACGAUCAACGCCGAGCACGUACUGGAAGCGCUGGAUCGACUCGGUUUCAGGGACUACAAACAGGAAGCGGAAGCCGUGCUGAACGACUGCAAACAGGUGGCAGCGAAGCGACGGCGGCAAAGUACCCGGUUGGAAAAUCUGGGCAUUCCGGAGGAGGAGCUACUGCGGCAACAGCAGGAACUGUUUGCCAAGGCACGGGAAGAACAGGCGGCCGCCGAGCAGCAACAGUGGUACAGUCUGCAGCAGAAUGCCGAGCUUUACCAGAGGCAAACGUCCCAGGAUGAGGACGACAGCGAUGAUUACUAGAGCUGGGGUCGAGCAGCGUAUUAUAUAAGAAAGUUUGCUGUGCUAACAUUGUGGGAUCAGAUUAAAGGAAUUGGAUAUUGGAUUACGGUUUAA